AUGUCGAAGAGAAAGGCUCGAGGAGAGGAGGAGGAACUGGUCUCGCUUCCAUCUGAAUCGGAAGAGGAAGAAGAAUAUGUAAGCGACGAGGAGGACGAGGAUGACUACGAAGAUGAUGAAGAGCAGGAAGAGGAUGACGAGGCUCCAACUGAAGACAAAGCCCCUCCCGCGAAGAAAGCCAAGACGGCCCCCGCCCAGGAGGACCCCGAAGAAGAGGUCGAAGGUGAAAAUGAAGGUGAUGAAGACAAUGAAGAACCCGAAGAGGAGUUCGACGAGGACGCAGGUGGUGCCGAAGACGCCGAUGACGCCGAAGUCGUGGGCAACGGGACCGAAACCGAAAAGACGAAGGCCAAAGUUGCAGACGCUCCCGAGGUCGCUGGGGACGAAGAGGCGGAGGCAGUUGCAGGCGAAGGGGACGAAGAGUGA